ACUGAAUGAGCUGCAAGAGCAGCAGAGGAUGGACAAUGCCACACUCGAGGAGUUGGUGGCCCAGACGGCUGACCAGGAGGCACAGGCUCUGUUCCAGGCCCUGGAGCCCCUGGAGAAGGACGGAGCGGAGAAGGAGCAGCAUUUGAAGCAGCUGAGGGAAGAGAUGAAUUCCAAGCUGGACCACCAGGAACAGGAACCCCUCCUGCAGCAGAUGAAGAACUGGCCGCCGAGCAUGGCCAUGGCCAUCAAGGAGAAGCUGGAGCAGGCGCAUGGGAUCCCCAUGCCAAAGAACAUGCUUUUCCCCAUGGAGCGCCUCUCCCUGAAGUGGCAGCAGACCUAUUGGAUCGGCGCCGGGCUGCAAAACUUAGGCAACACCUGUUUCCUGAAUGCCACCCUGCAGUGCCUUACGUACACUCCUCCUCUCGCCAACUACCUGCUCUCCAGGGAGCACAGCCGGACCUGCCAGCAAAGCGAAUUUUGCAUGCUGUGCACUAUGGAGAACCACAUACUGCAGGUUUUUGGUAGCAGCGGCAGCACGAUAGAGCCGGUGUCCUUCAUCAGAGACCUCAAGAAGAUCGCCAAGCACAUCCGCUUUGGCCGCCAGGAGGACGCACAUGAGUUCCUGUGUUUUAUCAUCGAUGCCAUGCAGAGGGCCUGCCUGAAUGUCUAUAGCCAGUUGGAUCGCCAGAGCCAGACCACAACGCUGGUUCAUCAGAUCUUCGGUGGCUUCCUGCGGUCCCGUGUGAGGUGCAAAGCGUGCAAUUCGCCCUCGGACACCUAUGAACCAUUCCUGGACCUGGCGGUGGAGAUCGAGGAAGCUGAAAGCAUCGAGAAGGCACUGAACUUGUUUGUGAGGCCAGAGAUGCUGUGCGAGGAGAACGCCUACAUGUGUGACAAGUGCAAGACCAAAGUGCGAGCGAGCAAACGCCUCAGCAUCCAGCAAGCCUCUAAUGUUCUCACAGUGUCACUGAAGCGCUUUUCCUACUUUCAUGGAGGCAAAAUCACCAAGGGCGUGACAUACCCUGAGUUCUUGGACAUCCGACCUUACAUGUCGGAGAAUGAAGGGGACCCUGUGCAGUAUCAGCUCUACGCCGUGCUGGUGCACUCUGGGACCUCCUGCCACUCAGGGCACUACUACAGCUACGUGAAGGCCAGCGAUGGGCAGUGGUACUUAAUGAAUGACGACAUUGUCCGCUGCACCAACAUCAACGUGGUCCUGAAGCAGCAGGCCUAUGUGCUUUUCUACCUGAGAACACCCAGCACCGGCAAGAGAUUGCAGGGACCCAUUGCCAAGGCUGUGUCCAUCCCGGCCAGCCAGCCAGUGAUGGGCCAGAAACCAGAGAUGCAGCCUGCAGAGAAGCUGUCUGGGCAGGAGGAGGUUGGGGUCUCUGUGCCCCGUACAACAUUCAACAUGGGGCCAAAUCUGGCAAAUGUAAUGCUUCCACCAAAGCUGCCACAGGACGUGCCCUCUUCAUUCAAAAUAAAACACAGCAUCCGGAAAGGGCACUCAGCCCUGCCUUACGACGCAGCCCAGAGGCCCAAGAGUCUCCCGCACCUGCCUCAGGGACACAGAAUAUUUCAGCAAUACAAGACUAGCAAAACAAGUGAGGCCAAAGAGGAGCUGACCCUGGGUAGCUUCUUUGAGACCAAGAAGCCACACACGUCAUUCAAGACGCAGGAGCCCAAACAGCACCUCUCUGUGGUCCUUGGAGCUGUGCCAGCUGUUCCUGACAGCUGCUCUCUGGUCAACCUGAAGCGCUCCCUCUUGACCGCUGUGAAGCGGAGCAGCUCCACAUCUCCACCACCAGCCAAGAAGCUGGCACUCUCUGCCAAAAAGGGCAGCACGCCGGAGGCGGUGAGCCGAGAUGACCAUCACACACAACCUCAGCCACAGCUUCCGGAGCAGAUCCAGCCCAUGGACACCACCCUCCCUCCUGACUCCACUUCCCAGCUUUCUGGCAAGUUGAGCACAUCUUCAUCUGCGCCAAAACUGCCAAAUCCAGAAAAGCCUCCCUUGAAAAUCAUCAUCGAAUUGUCAACCAUUCAGUUCCUCAUCUCUCACCUGAAAAAGCGCCGCCAUGGGGCAGAUGGCAGCUCACGGUCUCAAUCUGUUGAUGGCAAAGAUGACACCUCCAGCCCGCCCAGAAAGAAGAGAUGCACACAGGGGGAGUAGAUAUCUGUCACGGAGGAUGGGUUAAGGAAGAGUCCGAGUGGUGGCCAGAAGGAGCCAGGCUGCCAGGAGCUGCUGCAGAGCACAAGAGGAAGAAAGAAGAGAGGAAGAGGAGGGAAACACCAUCAGAAAAGUGCUUUUCUAGGGCUCUGUCCUCAGGCAGG